AAAUCCAUGUAGAGUUGGGUGCAUGUAGUUCUUCGAUCAUGUUUGCUACACCACAAAGACACCAGACAGUUGACAAGGAGAAUGUCGGUGCCCAGGUGAAGACACCAGGGAAAACCUUGAAUCCUCUUGUGACUCCAGUCAGAAAGCCUCUAGCUAGUCUCAACCAAGAUGUAACUGCAUCCCACAACUACAGAUCAUCAGCAAAGAUGGUGCAGAAGAUAUGGACCCCUGUCAAACACUGCACCCCUACCAGAUUGACAUCUGCAAACAAGACUCGAGGAAGACAAAGCAAGAAACACAGGAAAGGCAAAGAUCCAUCAGUGGCUUGGUCGUCUUGUAAGAGAACAGCCCUGAGUGUGACCGAAGCUGCUGAGUCUCUCCUCAAUCAAGUCCUUCUCAAAGAAAUAUCUGCUUGCUCUCAUCUUCCAAAGGAAAGUGGCACUGAAUGGAUGGAACCACUGUCUUCCAUAUCUGAUGGAGAUCAGCUGUUGGAACAGACUGUGUCAGGAUUGGUAGAUAGUGCAAUUCAUGCUGCCUUACAAGAAUUGAGAAAUGAGAAGGUGCAAGGAGCAACCUGCUCAAUCCCUACAAAGACCAGCAGCACAGAGUCACUGGCUCUAGAUCCUGUAACACCAACCACUGAUGGCUUGUGGAGUAUUGCUCUGGGGCUUGACGAGUCCUACAACAACUCUGGCCAGGGUCAGGACGAUACCAGCGUCUUCUUAGAGGACAACCUGUCUGGUAUUUCAUCUGAAUUAUCACUGGCGAAGGGAAUGGCUGCAGGGUGUAGUCCUGUCAUGAAGAUCAGUAAGCCAUGCUUUACACCUGCUAAUCAUCAUGAGGGUCAGGAAACAAGACUUGCUCCAACUAUCCACCAAGACAACAUAUCUAUAGACGCUGAUGGAGAAAACAGCAACAAUCACAUGCGCUCACGUAGAUUGGUGCUAGGCUUACCAGGAUCUACUCCCAUUGCUUCUCAUCAGAUGAUUCAGGGAACUGAUUCAGUCCAAAAAGUUGUUCAAAAGCUUGAAAUGACAAACAUGGCCCUGGUUGAACUUGAACCAUUAAUGAAAGUGGUACCAGCUGAAAUUGCAAUCAGGAGUUCAUGCACUGUGCCCAUUGAACUACCACACACCAGUCAUGGUACCAGACCAGAUGACAGAGCUAACACUUCUGUUGCCAUGACACCGGUCAAGACAAUGCAAACUGACUCUAUGACUUCUGCCACUAAUGUGGCUGGUGUAGCUGUUGGUAGCACGCCAGUCCACUCCAAUAUAACAGCAAUGAUGGACAGCUCUGUUGGCGUGACCCCUGUGAAAUCUUACAGCAUAUUCACUGGGACUACUCCUCACAAACCAAUCUUAAAAGACAGAUAGCU